CACACGCACGCACACACAAAUAAACAAACCGGCAUCGCGCGCACUGUGUUGUUGUGAACAGUUCCGCAAAAGAGUUGGAAAAUGAAUGAUUUUCGGCAGAAAUACCCGUUCUUGGUGCAACUCGAAGCGUGCCACUUUGUAGGACUUUAUAAAAAGCUGUAUCAAAUAAGGCUGCAUUUUCCCGACUAUCCCACCACAAACAAUCACCGAGUGUCAGUGUUUUGUGGAAAUGUUCCAGUUACAUUAGACCCGGAAGUAUCUUCCAUUAAGGAGGUGGACGAAUUUGUUCAGAAGCUCAUCGACUCGCUGGAUUCUGGCAGAGAGGGACGACCGACCAGUAAACCAUGUUCUACUGGCGAACCAUCCACUACACUCACCAACCUUGCCCUAGAAUUGCUGUCCAUCCAGCGCCAGUACGGUUGUGAAGUGGUAUUUGAUAAACAUAUAAUGCACGUAGAGUUUAGCAACUUUGAUGGCAGAAGAAACCAUUCGCUUACCCUGAACCGCACCGCAGCGGAGCUGUUCAAAGUUGCCCAACACACCCUUCCGGAGCUUGCCGUAUCGGAGCUGUUCAAACGGCAGACCACACUGCAGCGGCACGUGCAGGUGUUUCUAGAUCUGCUCGAACAGCUGGAAGAGUUUUACAACAAUCUCAACACAAUCGACGACCUUUGUUACGUUGUGCUGCCCGCCACAAUCGACACGAAAACGGUGUACCGCAUUUUCAAGUACGACCGGAAGGUGUUUCUGAAGGUUUCACUCCACCCGCUACAACCGACCGCCAUCGAUGUCGGGUUUUUCGGCCCAACCAAGCAAGUGUCCAAGCUGCGCGAAAUCUACGACGAGAGGCAGGACGAUUGGGAUGCGGACUGUAACGUUUACACAAAUUUGCUGCGCAUUUUCAACGUGAUUGCCUUUCCGAUGCGCCCGGCGGCUAAUCAUGAAGAGUCGCAGCAGCUGGGCAGUGAGCUGGGCGAAGAUAGCUGCGGCAUAUGCAUGAACUACCAGGACGGGUACGACCGUGUGCCGGUGAUUUCGUGCGAUAAUGAGCAAUGCAACUUGAUUUUUCACAUACAUUGCCUGAAGGAGUGGUUUGCGACACAGCGAGAGAGUAAAAAAAUCUUCACCAUCUCUAUAGGCAACUGUCCAUACUGCACACACAAAAUAUCAUCCAGCUUUGACGAGAUGUUAGUUUUGUUAAGCUGAUUGGCAAUAAAAUAAAAUAAUGUUUUCGUA